AUGGUGGUGAUGGUGCGGCAUUUUUCUAAAUCCCUAAAACUUUUAGUUUUUGGUAUUCUGUUUAUUCUCAAUGUGCCGGCGAUUCGUGGCGAAGUAAUUAAUAAAAAUGUGGAUCGCAUCUUGGAUUUAUCCACACAAUUAACUAAGGAAACAUUGAAAAUUACGGCCGCUGAUGAUGCCGGCAAGCCAUUCUCCAAAUACCAAUUAAUCAUUCCCAAUGAGUUACACUCUUCGCUCUCUUACAUUGUGGCCAAAGACCCGAAGAAGAAAGAGUUGAAGUUACAGGCACAGCAGCAAAAGGAUGAUGUGACCUAUUACAAUGUGGAGUUUCCAAAGGCGGCCGCCACCCAGGAGUUGUUGGUGGAAUUGGUGUUUGUCAAGCAGCUACAACCCUACCCAGAGGAGAUCAAACAAUCCGAUAAGCAGUUAGUGAGAUACAAUGGUCAGCUUUAUUUCUAUACGCCCUAUAAAACGGGCGAACAAAAAACCCAGGUUGUCUUAAGUUCCUCGAAUAUCAUAGCCUACAAUCAAACUAAACCGUAUACGGUGACGGGUAGCAAAAUCAAAUAUGGACCUUAUGAGAAUGUGGCAGCCUUCAACAAAGAAAAGCUGUAUGUCCAUUAUGAAAAUCAAAGUCCCUUUAUGACCGUCAAUCGCCUGGAGCGCACCAUACAAAUUUCCCAUUGGGGCAAUAUUGCCGUUGAGGAGCACAUUCAACUUACCCACUCCGGUGCCAAGUUGAAGGGUUCCUUCUCCCGUUAUGAAUUCCAAAAAGACUCUCGUUCCGGCCAGGCUGCCAUCAAGUCCUACAAAACCAUGUUGCCCGCCUCGGCCUUUGGUGUUUAUUAUCGUGACAGUAAUGGUAAUAUUUCAACAUCCAAUAUGAAUGUGUUGCGUGAAUAUGUCGACUUGGAAUUGAGACCACGUUUCCCAUUGUUCGGUGGCUGGAAAACCCAAUAUACCAUUGGUUACAACAUGCCAUCGUUUGAGUAUCUCUUCAGCGAGGGCAGCAAUUAUUUGCUAAAAAUGCGUCUGAUUGAUCACAUCUUUGAUGAUAUGUUUAUCGAAGAGGCUGUGGUAAAGAUAAUCCUACCCGAAGGAUGUACUGAUAUUAAAUUGAAAACACCCUAUCCCGUGGAGCGCCAAGAAGAUGGUUUAACGCAUACCUACUUGGACACCUUCGGUCGGCCAACAAUUACCUUUGCGAAGAAGAAUGUUGUGGAGAAUCACAUCGCCAACUUCGAGUUGACCUAUACAUUUUCGAAGGUCUUGCUGUUGCAGGAGCCGUUAUUGCUCAUCUCAUUUGUAUUUUUGAUAUUUGUUGUGGCCAUCGUAUGCAAACGUUUGGACUUUUCCAUUGCCACACAUCCUCAUAAAGAUUAA